UGCAAUGUUGGUAGGUGUAUCAUCAAACAUUGUUGACACACACUCGAUCAUCAUUCCUGAAUUAUUGUCCUUGUUCCAUAUGAUUUAUUAUUCCAUUAAUUAGAUCAGAUUCUAAAGAAUUUUAUUCCAAAUCUCAUCAUCAAAAUGAGUGUAUCAGCAUCAGUCCAUUAUGUUCUUCAAGCGACCACAUUAUUUACAUUGGUCUGCAUAUCACUUUAUUAUUGUCUUACUGGACGUGGUCGCCGUGCUGGUGAUAUUGGAUGGUUUUUAGAAGGUAUUUCACCAUACAUGUGGGCAUCGUUAGGUGUUGGUUUAUCAAUUUCAUUAUCGGUAGUUGGUGCAGCUACUGGUAUAUUUACUACCGGUUCAUCAAUUGUUGGUGGUGGUGUAAAAGCACCACGUAUACGUACAAAAAAUCUUGUAUCAAUCAUUUUCUGUGAAGCUGUUGCUAUUUAUGGUAUUAUUAUUGCAAUCGUUAUGUUGAAUAAUAUCAAAGAAUUUGAUGAAUCCAAAGUAUCCGAUAUACAACGAGCAAAAAAUUAUCUAGCUGGUUAUGUCAUGUUUGGUGCUGGAUUAACUGUCGGUUUGGGUAAUCUAUUUUGUGGUCUGGCUGUUGGUGUUGUUGGUUCAGGUGCUGCAUUAGCUGAUGCUGCUAAUCCGAAUUUAUUUGUUAAAAUUUUAAUUGUCGAAAUUUUUGCCUCGGCUAUCGGUCUUUUUGGUUUAAUUGUAGCCGUCAUAUUGAACGCAAAAGCUGAAAUGGGUGAAAAAUGAAGAAAAAACGUCGAUCAAUUUGUCCACGAAUAUAUCCAAUCAUUUGCUUGUUUUCUGCACACCAAAAUAAUUUUUUUUCGCUGUUUGUUUUAUUGUUAUUUAUGUAAAUUUAUCCAAAUCAUCAACGUGUGUCAUUCAUUUCAUUCAUAUUUUAUUCAAGAAGAAAAAACAAUAUGUAAUUCGAUUCGAUAUAUUAUCCCCUAGUCGAAAAUUGUGUGUUA